GAACGCCAGAUUAGAUCGCCACUCAGGAACAGGCACCAGAGGACUGCCAAAGAAGUCUGGACAUGGCAAAUUUGGUUGGGGAAAGGAAGGAGAGACAUACAACGAGCAAGAUUUGGACAAGGAGGAAGAGACCAGCAAGCAAGAGAAGUAAAUCUACUCCAUAUACAUCCCCCCCAACAA